CCGUGCCGAUCCGGCUUAAUCAAGGUCACAGGUUAGGUGGGUUGGAAACGGUCAAUCACUUUGGUUUAUGCACAAAGUGUGGUCUCUGAAGAUUCGAGCCCACGAUUUUGCUCUCACUACUGGAGCCUUUUUACUCUUAUACUGACGGCCCGGCAUCUAUUUUUUAUAAAUUUAUUUUUAAAUAUUAAGUGGAUAUUGAGCAAAAGCCAAGAACUCUAUUUUUUUUAAUUCAAAUGAAGAAUAUUCUAGGUUCAUAGAAAUGAGAUGUAAAAGGCAAGACCCAUUUGUCUCCCUCUGUCUGCUUGGAGAGCUUGGGCACCAAAGGCUUCUGAAAUCUGAAGAAUAUUUGAAGUGAAGCUUAUUUUUUUGCUUUUCAAGAAGCAGUGAGAAAGAGGACCACAUCUUCAACCCAGCUCUCCUAUGCUGAAUCCCGCAGCAUUUGCAGUGAGCAGAAAGGAAGCAUAAUUAUGGAAAACCAUCACCACCACCUCAUGGUCACACGAGAUAAUAUCAUCAUCCAAGAGGGCCAACAUUGCGAUGAUCAUCUUGGUGCAUUAAUCUCUGCCGCUACUACUCAGAGAAGACUCUCUGUUAUCUCUUCUCAUCUUUCUCAACAACACUCGCUUUCGCAACAAGUUUUGAAUUCAUUGUCCACUGCUUCCCAAAGUUUCAGUUACAAUAACAAUAGUGAGGAGGACAACAAGGUUAGGAGAAUUGAUGAUGAUGAGAAGCAGUGUGUCUUUUGUACCAUUGUUGUGGGUGAUUCUCCUGCAUUCAAGCUUUAUGAGGAUAAUAUAUGCCUAUGCAUUUUAGAUGCCAAACCUUUAAGCGUUGGGCACUCACUUAUCAUUCCAAAAUCUCAUUUUUCUUCGUUGGAAGCAACCCCUCCCUCGUUACAGGUGGUUGCAGCUAUGUGCUCAGUUGUUCCCACUCUAAGCAAUGCGAUUAUGAAAGCCACACAUUGUGAUUCUUUCAAUCUAUUGGUGAACAGCGGGGCAUCGGCAGGCCAGGUGAUAUUUCAUGUGAGACACAUCUUCACAUAAUCCCCAGGAGGGCUCAUGAUCAGUUGUGGAAAUCAGAGACUUUUAGAAGACGACCUCUAAAAUCGGACGGAGACACUGCACUACUUGCAGAUAGCAUUCGGGGACAGCUAGCUCACUUGAUUGACAAACCCGACUUGGUAACAGAAAAAUAAUCCUCCAAACCUGCCGGAAGAUGGAAUUAAAAACUCUCAUUUUGUAUUGUAAAUCUAAUGUGAAUUCAUUUCAUUCCUUUGGAGAAAAAUGAAUAGCUUUUACAUUAUCAUUUAUUUAUUUAGUGCAUGAAAGCUUGAGGAAGAGGCUAUUAGUAUCUCUGCAUUGUAUGUAUUGGUAAAAGAAGAUCAAUAAUUCCAAAAUUCAUUGUACUGCAUUCUGUAUCUCCAGCUUUGUGUGCUCACUCUCAUUGAAUUAGCGUUGGUAGAGCAUACACUAAUGUGCACACAUGCAUGUGCUAGAAAUGAAUACAUUAUGACAUUUAA